AGCGCUGAACUUACAGUUAAAGCAAUGAAUGUUUGCAAUCAUUUGUAUAAACAGUUUGACAUUUGAUUCAUUGAAUUCACAAAUUAUACGAAACACCGACUAUUGUGACCACUUUUGACCGCAAAUUAUGAGACCCGUGACUGAAAGUGCCGUUCAAUCGCCCAAAAGUCCGAAAUCACCCGAAAGUGAGAAAAGCAAACGAUAUGACCGACAAUUGCGUCUUUGGGGAGAUUCAGGACAACAGGCGUUGGAGUCCUCACAUGUCUGUCUCGUCAACGCAAAUGCUUUGGGCACUGAAAUACUUAAGAGUUUAGUUUUACCCGGCAUUCGGGCCUUUACUAUCAUUGACAACAAUAUUGUCACCGAAGAGGAUGUCGGUAACAACUUUUUCUUAUUGACUGAAGACUCAAUUGGCAAAAAUCGAGGAAAAGUUACCACAGAAUUGUUGGCUCAAAUGAAUAACGAUCUCAAGAAAGGCGACUAUUUAGACGAAUCAUUGGAAUCAGUAUUGGAAUCAAAUGCCAACUUCUUCAGCAAUUACUCACUUGUCAUCGCAUGUGAUAUCAAUAAUGAAAAAUCGUUGAAUCGAUUGAGUCAAGUCUUAUGGCAAACUAAUGUGCCGUUAAUUGUCUGCAAAUCAAUUGGUUUUAUCGGUUAUAUUAGACUUCAAAUACUUGAACAUACAAUCAUUGAGUCACAUCCAGACAACACUUUUGAAGAUUUAAGACUUGAUGAACCAUUUGAUCAAUUGAAGCAAUAUUUAGAUUCUUAUGAGAGCUUUGAGCAAAUGUCUCGUAAAGAUUUAUCUCACACACCAUUUCUUGUGAUUCUUUAUAAAUAUCUUAUAAAGUGGAGACAAGACUACAACAGAGAUCCUAAAGAUUUACCCAAAAAUUUUAAAGAAAAAAACGAAUUAAAAGCAAUUAUUCGCAAUGCUAUGGAUUCACUAAGAGAUGCCAUCAGAUCUAAAUCAGGUGACGAAGACAUGAAAGAUUUGGAUUUAGAGAACUUUGAAGAAUCGAUUAAAGCUAUAAAUACCGUAUUUGUUGUCUCAGAUUAUAUCCCAUUAGAAGUUAAAUCUCUUAUCAAUGAUACAAAAGUCUUGUCCGAUGAGACCAAUGAUUCUUCAUUUUGGGCGCUAAUCAAAGGAUUGAAACAAUUUAUAGCAAAAAAUAAUUGUUUGCCAUUAAGAGGAACUCUUCCCGAUAUGACAUCAGAUUCUUUCAAAUAUAUAACAUUACAACAGAUAUAUAGAGCCAAAGCUAAAGAAGACGCCGAAAAUGUUUAUAAUAUAAUACAAAUGCUACCGAAAGCCCAUAAUUUGAAUUUAACAGAAAAUGAUGUCCAAUUGUUUUGCAAAAACACUCAAUUCUUGCGAGUUGUCGGUACCUCUGAUAUCGAGUCUGAACUCAACGGUAAAGCACUGAAACAAAUUGUAAACACCAUUGGAAUAGCUGAUGAAGACACUGAAGACGAUGCUCUUCGAUAUUAUUUGUUGAUGCGUUUGGUCGACAAAUUCUACUCAAUUCACAAUCGAUUUCCCGGUGAUCGCAAUGAUGAGGUCGAGAGUGAUAUUGCUAUUCUUCGUCAAUAUCUUAAAGAUUUAUCUAACGAUUUGGGCACCAAUUCACUGAUUAAGGAUGACUUGAUUCAUGAAAUUUGCCGUUACGGAGGUUCUCAGUUACACACAGUCUCUGCUUUUAUUGCCGGCUGUGCCGCACAAGAAGUCAUCAAAAUACUGACCUCACAGUACGUUCCCAUUGAUAAUACAUUUGUUUAUAAUGGUAUGACUUGUGUGACAAAGACUUAUAAACUUUGA